AUGGCAUUUAUGUGUGGUGGAAAGGCGGUCAUGUGUGGUGGAAAGGCGGUCAUGUGUGGUGGAAAGGCGGUCACGUGUGGUGGAAAGGCGGUCAUGUGUGGUGGAAAGGCGGUCAUGUGUGGUGGAAAGGCGGUCAUGUGUGGUGGAAAGGCGGUCACGUGUGGUGGAAAGGCGGUCAUGUGUGGUGGAAAGGCGGUCAUGUGUGGUGGAAAGGCGGUCAUGUGUGGUGGAAAGGCGGUCAUGUGUGGUGGAAAGGCGGUCACGUGUGGUGGAAAGGCGGUCAUGUGUGGUGGAAAGGCGGUCAUGUGUGGUGGAAAGGCGGUCAUGUGUGGUGGAAAGGCGGUCAUGUGUGGUGGAAAGGCGGUCAUGUGUGGUGGAAAGGCGGUCAUGUGUGGUGGAAAGGCGGUCAUGUGUGGUGGAAAGGCGGUCACGUGUGGUGGAAAGGCGGUCACGUGUGGUGGAAAGGCGGUCACGUGUGGUGGAAAGGUGGUCAUGUGUGGUGGAAAGGCGGUCACGUGUGGUGGAAAGGCGGUCAUGUGUGGUGGAAAGGCGGUCAUGUGUGGUGGAAAGGUGGUCAUGUGUGGUGGAAAGGUGGUCAUGUGUGGUGGAAAGGCGGUCAUGUGUGGUGGAAAGGCGGUCAUGUGUGGUGGAAAGGCGGUCACGUGUGGUGGAAAGGCGGUCACGUGUGGUGGAAAGGUGGUCAUGUGUGGUGGAAAGGUGGUCAUGUGUGGUGGAAAGGCGGUCAUGUGUGGUGGAAAGGCGGUCAUGUGUGGUGGAAAGGCGGUCAUGUGUGGUGGAAAGGCGGUCACGUGUGGUGGAAAGGCGGUCACGUGUGGUGGAAAGGCGGUCAUGUGUGGUGGAAAGGCGGUCAUGUGUGGUGGAAAGGCGGUCAUGUGUGGUGGAAAGGCGGUCACGUGUGGUGGAAAGGCGGUCAUGUGUGGUGGAAAGGCGGUCACGUGUGGUGGAAAGGCGGUCAUGUGUGGUGGAAAGGCGGUCAUGUGUGGUGGAAAGGUGGUCAUGUGUGGUGGAAAGGUGGUCAUGUGUGGUGGAAAGGCGGUCACGUGUGGUGGAAAGGCGGUCAUGUGUGGUGGAAAGGCGGUCAUGUGUGGUGGAAAGGCGGUCACGUGUGGUGGAAAGGCGGUCAUGUGUGGUGGAAAGGCGGUCAUGUGUGGUGGAAAGGCGGUCAUGUGUGGUGGAAAGGCGGUCACGUGUGGUGGAAAGGCGGUCAUGUGUGGUGGAAAGGCGGUCAUGUGUGGUGGAAAGGCGGUCACGUGUGGUGGAAAGGCGGUCAUGUGUGGUGGAAAGGCGGUCACGUGUGGUGGAAAGGCGGUCAUGUGUGGUGGAAAGGCGGUCAUGUGUGGUGGAAAGGUGGUCAUGUGUGGUGGAAAGGUGGUCAUGUGUGGUGGAAAGGCGGUCACGUGUGGUGGAAAGGCGGUCAUGUGUGGUGGAAAGGCGGUCAUGUGUGGUGGAAAGGCGGUCACGUGUGGUGGAAAGGCGGUCAUGUGUGGUGGAAAGGCGGUCAUGUGUGGUGGAAAGGCGGUCAUGUGUGGUGGAAAGGCGGUCAUGUGUGGUGGAAAGGUGGUCAUGUGUGGUGGAAAGGUGGUCAUGUGUGGUGGAAAGGAGGUCAUGUGUGGUGGAAAGGCGGUCAUGUGUGGUGGAAAGGCGGUCAUGUGUGGUGCAAAGGCGGUAAUGUGUGGUGGAAAGGCGGUCAUGUGUGGUGGAAAGGCGGUCAUGUUUGGUGGAAAGGCGGUCAUGUGUGGUGGAAAGGCGGUCAUGUGUGGUGGAAAGGUGGUCAUGUGUGGUGGCUCACCGGAAGAGGAAGGCGAAGAGGAGGAGGAAAACAGGCGCGCUGGACUUGCACUGCAAUAUGUGCAGGCAGGAGAGAGGGUUAGUAAAGGGCUGAAGGCUUAUGCCACUUCACACCAGCACACAGCACACGGGGCACAGGCCGACACGGUGAAUGGUGCACAAGAAGUAGUCGCGCCAGGAGAUGGGGGUGACGGGCAGCCAGGACUGGCAGCAGCAGCGCAGCAGCAGCGAGGCGAUGGCGCCCUGCAGCAGGAAGUGGAAGGUGGUCAUCAGCAGCGGCGCGGGGAAGCGGCCGUGCUUCUCGCCGAUGAGCACCUUGUUGUACCUGCCCACCCCCCACCGCCCCGCCCGUGCAGAGUACAGAGUGCAUGGCAUGGCGGGAGUGCAUGGGUACAGUUAAGGGCAAUGAAAGGUUCCUGA